AUGGAGCCGCUGCGUGGCCGGUGGUGUAUGCUAAGGUCGGAGGUCAUUAUCGAUGACGUGGGGCUAGGUGCGUGCUAUUGGUGUUGUGGCAAGCAUGGUGGCAUGGGGAGCGGGCUAAGAGGCGUGGCGAGAGGUUGCAGGGGAGGAGAGCUACUGCGAGAGAUGGGGAGGCAGUGGGUGAGAGGUUGCUAUAGGAGAAGGGGAGGUAGUAGGCAAGAGGUCGUUGUGGGAGGCUCGCUUUUGGGAGGGGUCAACGAUAGCUACCCUAAAAAAAGGCACGAUGGGCUUUUUAUAUGUAAG